AUGGCAGUUGAAAGAGCUAAUUUACAAGACCAAAUCAAGGUGUCGACCGCGCUUUACAUGGCGGAUCUCGCCGACACCUACCCUCCUUCCCGUUAUGUUUUCAAUUCUACCGUGCAGCCAUUCAUGCGGCAAAUAGUAAACUUCCUAGUACAAAAUCAGUCACCGCUGCUUGCUAAUGUAUACCCCAUCUUUGCUUAUUCGUCUUCUCUGAACAAUUGGAAUGAUCCUAAAUCUGAAUCUGCCUUGCUUGAAUAUGCCCUGUUUAUCUCCUCGACUAAUGAAGUGGGUUUUGAUGCUACUAUGCUCUUGAAAAGGAGGGUGGGAGCUCUUUGGGUGUUGUUUCGGAAAGUGGUUGGCCAAACGCAGGUGAUUCCUUUUCAACUACAGAAAAUGCUCAAGCAUACUACUCAAACCUCAUUCAACAUGUGA